AUGGCCGCAACCAAAACCGCUAUUGUCACAGGCGCAGCCAGUGGAAUUGGAAAAGCCUUCGCAGCUAGAUUGAUUGAGAGAGGUUAUAGGGUUGUGUUGGCAGAUAUCAACGAUGAAAAUGGCGAGAAAGUCGAGAAGGAAUUAGGGAAGAACAGCAUAUUCCAACAUUGCGAUGUCUCGAACUGGGAGUCGCAGGUCGCCCUCUUCCGAAAAGCAUAUUCAUGGGCGGGACAUAUCGAUCUGUUUAUCGCAAACGCCGGAAUUGAAGAGCAGGAAUCUUUUUGGCAGCUCCCUGAGCACGUCACAGAGGAGGAAGUGGCCAAACCGAAUACCAAAGUCGUGGACGUCAAUCUGUAUUCCGUAUUGUACGGUCUGAAGCUCUUCCGGCAUUACACGCGAUUGGACAAAACGCCUGGGCAAGAAUCUCGUAUGGUUGUGACGGCCAGUCUUGCUGGAUUCUACCCAUUUCCUGCUGCUCCCGUCUACAGCGUAGCAAAGAGUGGACUCGUGGGUUUGGCCAGGUCCACCGGCCUGAAACUAGAAAGAGACGAAUCGAUACUGAUCAGUGUAAUCGCUCCAGGACCAGUUGACACGCCUAUCAGUGAGAUCACAAAAAAAUAUGUGCCCGCAGAGCAUUUCACGCCAAUGGAUCUAAUGGUCAAGGCCUUAGAUAAAGUGGUCGAUGAGAGGCUGGGUGGUCAAGUGUUGGAGUGUUCCAACGCCAACAUGUAUAUCCGGGAGCCACUUGCGUUCUCAGAUGAUAACACAAAGUUCCUGAUUGGGGAUAUGUCGAGGUUUUGA